GUUUCAAAGUGGAUGUUCGAGAGAGAGUACGCGUGAAUAGCAGUUAAGAAAGCUACAACGACGACGAGUUACGCCGGAAAAUCUAUAAAUGAAAAAUUGAAAGUAAUUGAAAAAAAGGAAGGAAUUGUUUAAUGCAAUUGUUUUAAUUUCUAAAGUAAAUUAUUAACGAAAAGAGCACACAUGUCUAGUAGUCUGGCGUGUCUACGCUUUGAGUGCUGGGCCAUUUAUAAAGGGAAUAGAUAAGAAGAUAACAGAUAACAAUUGAUAAAAGAAAUAAAAUACAACUGGUAUUUUUGUUUCUUCGUUGUUAUAAAGAGAUGCUGAUAAGAAAUUUAUUAAAGAAAGUUCCAUGUCUGAGCGAAAAUUUCUAAGGCCAAACGGCGGUGUCUUUCAUAAUAAUUGUUCGAAACAAAAAUUUUUUUGUGUAAAAGUGGUAUUUUUUCAAUGUUAACUGUUUUUUGUUUCUAUUUUCAAUGAAAAUUUGCAGAAAAUCAAGUUUUGAUUGUGGUGUGGCUGGGACGACUUCUCUAAUAAGCGUUCAAGUCGUAAGUCGUCAAUAAGAAAAAGUGAAACACCAAUACAUUUGCCCGCAGAGAGUGAAGCGCAAAAGAAAUUUCUUUCUUUUUUACUUCAUUGCUGACUGGCUAGCUGGCCCGACUGCAUUGAAAACCAAAACCAGAUUGCAAAACGAAAUCGAUAACAAAAACAAAUAAAAAAGAAGCAAAGCAGUGGAUAAAAGUAGUAAUAAUUAAUCAAACAGUUUUUUUUGUGUGUGGAUGAUUGCGUGAAUGAAUCAAUACAAGUUGGAGUCGUCGAAAACAAGACACCGCGUCAAAGUGAAUCCAGAAAAAAUCAAGAAUUCUCAUCAAAUAACAUUGACCCACACAUACACGAACACUCAAACACCUGCAAGCAAUUUCUUUCUUCUUGUCGUCUGUGACGGACGUAGCAGAACAGAGCAGAUAUAGCCAAUUGUAUUUGGAUAGUUUUCAUUGACAUCUUCACAUGCAACAGCGACGUCAUCGCCAGCAGAGAUUGGAAACUUAAAGGAAAUUUUAAAACCUGUCACGAAACUCAUUAUCGACUCAACUGAAAAAAAAAACACCCGCUCCCAAAAAAAUUCAAAAUGCCACUGUUUGCCAAGAAAGUUCCCAAACCCACAAUACCAGCCGAUUCCGUAUUUCAUGAGAACAACAAUGGUCUGACGGCAAAUGGAAAGGUACCACCCACACAGCAGCAGCAACUACAACAACAACAAAAUGGCAACCAUCAACAACGCCAAUCGGCAGUCGAAUCAAAUGUUACAAAACCCCAAUUAGUAUUCCAUUGCCAGUUGGCCCAUGGCAGUCCCACGGGUUUGAUAACAGGCUUUGCCAGUGUACGAGAGCUAUACAAGAAAAUUGCCGAAUGCUAUGACAUACCAGCCGAGGAGAUUCUCUUUUGUACCCUAAAUUCUCACAAGGUGGACAUGUCGAAAUUGCUGGGCGGUCAAAUUGGUUUGGACGACUUUAUUUUCGCCCAUCGAAAAGGACAGCCGAAAGAAAUUGAAAUUAUCAAAUCGGAGGAUGCCUUGGGUCUGACCAUAACCGAUAAUGGUGCCGGUUUUGCAUUUAUCAAACGUAUCAAAGAGGGUUCCAUCAUUGAUCGCAUCGAACACAUACUCGUUGGCGAUCACAUUGAGAAAUUGAAUGGCAUCAGCAUGGUGGGUAAGAGGCAUUAUGAAGUGGCUCGCCUGCUCAAAGAAAUACCCACAGGAUAUGCUUUCACACUGCGUCUGGUUGAACCAAUGCGUAGCGGUUUCCAGGGUAUUGGACCAAGAUCCCAGUCACGUAUGCCCUCGGGACGUGGUGGCUAUGGCAGUGGCAAGGAAACACUGCGUUUCAAGGCCAAUGGCAAUGUAGAGAUUGAGGAGAUAUUCGAUGAUUCCACCCAAGCGGGUAUUGAGGCCAUAAAUAAUCUGCUCGAAUCCUUUAUGGGUAUCAACGAUGCUGAAUUGGCGACACAAAUCUGGGAUUUGGGUGCCGACAAAACUAAUUCCAUGGAUUUUGCCGAGGCCAUUGACAACUCCGAUUUGGAAUCGUUUGGUUUUACCGAUGACUUCAUCAUUGAACUGUGGGGUGCUAUAACGGAUGCCCGACGCAAGAAAAGUAAUAAAUAAGAUGUGCCGCCGGCGAAGAGGAGUGGCGGAGAUUGCGAAGGAGAAAAGAAAAAUUUGUUGUUAAUUUUUAUAAAUUAAAGAAAAUAUAUAUGAUAAUAAUAAUUUAGUAAAUAAAUAAAACAUAAUAAUAAUGAUAAUAUAA